CGACUCAGCUCCAUGGGUAGCCUGUCGUACUCUCCAGUGUCUUGUGAGCCUCAAUAAUUGAACUCCACGUAGUAGUAGGAGCGGCUAACGUGAUUGACUCAUCCGUAUCUACCGCCUCGAGUAGACUUUUCCAAGUCACGUAUCGAACUUCAAAGGGUCUAAAAUAUUGCGCUUUCGGAUUAACGGUAAUUUGGAAAUUGGUGGUAGUUACGAAUCUGCUUUUCCGUUCUCUCUCAAGACCCAAUUUCCCUGCUGAGGAGCAAAGAAGACCCGGUGCUAAAGAUUUUCCGGCAGGACUUGCCUUUCUCCUCAUCUUCCCUUAGUUUAUUUGUCCUAUAGCCAGCUUGGUUGAACCAAGGACUAAGCAGUGGAAAUGGAUGACCAAGCUGUUGGUGACAUGGAUGCUGGGAGUGGGACUCCCGAGUCUGACCAACUUUACUAUCAUGAGGGAAUCUCAUCUAAUGAAAAUGGCGUGCAAGAGUUACAGAGGUCAAUGAAAACUCUAAUAAAAGUAGACUUGGACUUGGCAUAUUCUUCUGAGAAGUUGGUAAAUUUGCAUAUACUUUUGAUGUACCUACUGGCUCGGGAAAAUGAUCUUCAAGCUAUGGCUUUGGAGAAUGGCGAUAUCUCCACAGACUCUAUCGAGAAAGUAUUGGUAUUUGAUCUCUUAUCUGGCAUUUUAGAUGCUGAGGUAAGAGAACUCUGCGCUUUCAUGGACGCUCUCCAGGCAGAAAUUGUUGAUGUCCGUCAUAAAAUGUCUUCGUGGCAACACCUGAGAGAACUAUUAACUAAGUUGGAAGAGAAAUUGCAUGAUUCUGAAGAAUCUGUAAAGCACUCUCAAGUGCAGAUUUUGGAGGUGAAGAUGCAGUUAGCCAAGUUUCAGAGAAGCAUCUUAGCUUUCAAAUGUGAGAAUGGGAAAUGUGACAAGGCCUUGGAAUUUUCAGAAAACAGUCGACUGUUGAACAUAAAUGCAAAAUCAAAUAUGCAGAUGGCCAAACAACAAAGACAUUUGCUACGGAUGCUGGAAAAGUCACUCGCAAGGGAGCUAGACCUUGAGAAGAAGUUAGCAGAAUCAAGACAAAAUGAAGAUGACCUAAAAGCAAAGUUACACUAUACAGAACAAAUAGCAUUUCGGAUGGAAGAAGCUGUAGAAGUUGUUUGGGGAAGGUUUUUAGAGGCAGAAAAUGGUGCUGAGGUGCUCAUGAACAUUUCAAAGGAAUUGGUUGGUCAACUCCAUCUUGUUAAAUUUAAUCUAAGUGGUUCAACUCAACGAGAAAGUGAGACAAAAACUAAACUUCAAGGUUGUAUUGAAGAGCUGAAAGAAAAAGAUGUUGCUCUGAAGAAGCUUGAAAGUAGCAACGCAGAACAUAUUGCCGAGGCAUUCACUUUGAGAGAAAAAUUAAACUUGCUUGAGGAAAUACUGAAAGAAUCACAGAUCCAUCUGAAUGAAGCAAAUGCCUGCAAUGAAGCAAAUCAAGAGCAACUUUCUGAAAUGGAAAAUGCAAUUGAGUCAUUGAAAGAAAGCAUAUAUAUUGCAGAAAGUAGGGCUGAUAGUGCAGAAGCCAAGGCUACUCAGUUAACAGAUACAAACUUGGAGCUGACUGAAGAGCUGAAUUUUCAUAAAGGAAGUGCUAGUAACACCGACAAAAAGGUAGGUGUACUUGAGAACCAGUCGAGGGAAUUAGAGAUCCAGUUACAGCAUGCGAGGGCAUCCUCUGAAGCAAGUCAAGAGCAGCAGAACAUGCUAUAUUCCGCAAUUUGGGAUAUGGAAACUCUGAUUGAAGAUCUAAAAUCCAAGGUUUCAAAAGCUGAAAGUAAGCUUGAUACUGCAGAGGAGCAAUGUGUUCUGCUAUCUGAAACUAACUCAGAACUUGACAACGAACUAAGUUUCCUAAAGGCUAGAAUAGAAUUCUUAGAGACGUCUCUGGAUCAAGCUAACAAUGAAAAAUUAGAAAGUGCAAAAGAAAUUAAUGUCAGGACCAAGUUUAUUUUGGAUAUGGUAAUGCAACUAGCCAUUGAGAGGGAGCGGAUCCAGAGUCAGCUAAAUACUUUAACAAAGGAGAACAAAAUUCUGGUGGAAAAGUUACGUAAUACUAAGAUUAUGUACAACAAUGUAGAUGGUGACAGCAAAGAGUUUCUGUUUUCCAAGAAUGAUCAGAUCAAUGCUAAGUUGGAUAAAAGUAUCCAGGUGGAUAAACCAUCAGAAGAGGCACCUAUCUGUGAGAGUGAAGUGAAUUCUUCCAUUUCUGCAAAUAAUGCUGAUGGCACGGUUUCAAAGAUUGAGGCUUUGGAAAUGGUAAAGGCCAGGCGCUCUAACCGAAUUUGUGUCAUUCUGGCCGUGUUUGUCUUACUACUUUCAUUGUCAACAAAAUAUUUGUUUAACCAGAAUUUCCUCUUUAAUUUUGACGGUUAACAUUCCCCAUCGCCUUAACACCAGAAGUUUUUGCAGUCCAAGUGUGCAUAUAUUGUAUCCUGUAAAUCGAUUAUUUUUAUUUUUAUUUUUUUAUUUUUUAUUUUUUUACCACUUUAGAUUGUUUGGGGUAGUUUUAGUGAGUUUCUUGGUUUCUGUAUAAUAUAUCAUUGUACUUUUCCCCUGAUUUUAUAUAUAGUGGAGUGUUUAUUCUUA